AGCGGAAGUUGAGUGCUGUGCUGUGAUUUGUGAACGAGUAACGGAACCGGGGCUGUGCCGGUACAACAGGUCGCCACUGUUUGUUUUAUCGGAGCAAGUUUUUGCAGAAAGUUUCAUGAAGUGUGUCAGAGAAGAAGAAACGGAAGAAAAGGAAGAAUAAGAGGAAGAAGAAGGAUAAAGAGAAGAUGAAGGACGGUCAUGCUCCCGGAGACUAAACUUUAUUUCACCGUGCGUCAUGAUUUCUAAACACAGGCCGCCGCAGACUGACAGGAGAAACUUUACUAAAACCCAAAUAAAUUUUAAUGGAGACGGAAUAACGCCGCAGAUGAAGAGAUGAAUUUCGGUGUUGCCGCCGAUUCCCUGCUGCUUUUCCGUGCCUGCGAUGAGGGUGACUACGAGACGGCCCGGGGCAUCCUGGAGCCCGGAGCCCCGAAAGAGUCCGGGCGGCAGAGCAGGCUGCGGUCCGAAGCGGGCUCGGAAUGCUGCGGCGCCGCGGACAUGUUGUCUCUGGUGCCGGUGGACUGCACGGACGAGGAGGGCAACACCGCCCUGCAGUUCGCCGCGGCCAGCGGACACGAGAACCUGGUCCGGUUCUUGCUGCGGAAGGGAGCCUCGGUAGACAGCCGCAACAACUACGGCUGGACCCCGCUGAUGCAGGCUGCCAGGUUUGGUCACUUGACUGUUGCACACAUCCUGCUGGAGAAUGGAGCUGAGAUCAACGGACGGAACAGGCUGGGUGCGAGUGUCCUGACUAUGGCCGCCCGUGGGGGACAUACUCACGUAAUCAAACUACUCCUGGAGAGCGGGGCCUAUGUGGACGACUAUGAUCAUCUGGCUGUCACUGCAGAGGCGGUUUCCAAUGGCAACAACAACAACAGCUGCAGUGCGGCUGGUUUUGGAGGGGAGGGUUGUCCUGAAGGAGGAAGUUGCAGAGAAUUCAUGGACAUCACAGCCUUGAUGGUGGCGUGUCAAUUUGGCCACGAGGCCACGGUGCGCCUGCUGCUAGAGUGGGGCUCUGAUGUCAACUUUUCCCAGAAGACCACUGGCUGGGGACCACUCAUGGUGGGAACCCUCAGUGGGAAGGUGGUUGUAGCUCAGCAGUUGGUGGAACGUGGAGCUGACCCAGAUCGAAUCAAUGUUCUGUCUAAAACGGCAUUUGAACUGGCCAUGCAGCUGAAACAGAGAGACAUCAAGGCCUAUCUGGACUCCAUCACCACUGUCCGACCACAGACAGAUGACGAGAGAAGAAGACCAGAUGUGUUCAGUGCCCUGAAGUUGGGGAAUUCCCAGCUAGUCAAAGAGAUCUUGGAGGAGGAUCCUACUCAGGUGAAUUCAUCCAGCCAGGAGGGAGCAUCACCUCUGAUGAUGGCAGCGGUGAGCGGCCAGUUAGAAGUAGUCCAGCUGAUGGUGGAGAAAAAUGCUGACAUAGACAAACAAGACUGUGUCCAUGGGUGGACUGCACUAAUGCAGGCCACCUAUCACGGUAACAAAGACAUAGUCAAGUACCUGCUGAGUCAAGGCGCUGACGUCAACCUUCGAGCUAAGAAUGGAUACACAGCCUUUGAUUUGGUUAUGCUGUUGAAUGACCCAGACACGGAGCUGGUGCGUCUGUUAGCAUCAGUGUGUAUGCAAGUCGAUAAAGACAAGUCGAAACACCGUGGCAGAGCCUUAGUGACUCGCUCCAAAAGUCGGCAGUCCCUCAACAACGUCCCUGUGCCACCUGAUGACAAGGGAGGCCUUAAGUCCUGGUGGAGUAGGAUGUCAAAUAGGUUCCGGCGGCUCAAGUUGACUCACACCCUGAGGCACGGCCUAUCGUCCAAUCGCCUGGCUCCAUUCCCAGACGAUGCUGAAAGCUCACUGGAUGCAACAAUGAAGGCGAGUAGAAAACCUGGUGCCGUGACUAACGGGGCGCUAGCACCAACUCCAGCCCUGGGAGGAAACGACGUCAGCACAGCCUGGGCUGUCAAGAGCAAAGAUACUGGUCUUUGCAGGUCAUCCUCAGAGAAGGAGGACUUCCUUAUAACCACACUGUUGAGAAGUGGUGCGCCUUUGACCCGUCUGCCCAAUGACAAGCUGAAAGCUGUGAUCCCUCCCUUCCUGCCUCCAUCUAACUUCGAGCCGUGGAACUCGGACCGUUCACGUCUCCUCAGGGAGGGAAAGACUGAAGCGCCACGCCUGCCCAUGCCGCCCCAAAGGAAACUAAACAGCAGUGGAAACUCAGAUAUCACGUCUAUCAGUCGUGUGGUUAGCAGGUCCAUGAAGUUUCCCAGCAUCCCAAAGGGGCCCUCCUCCUCCUCUCCUUCUAACUCUGGUCACUACCACUCCCCCCACUCCUCCGGUGGCUCCAAUGGAGUGGCAGGGCUCAACCGGGACUCUCACAACCGUUCAGGGGGCAGUGCAGACAGUGUUCUCUCCCAGAUAGCAGCCCAAAGGAAGAGAGCAGCUGGCCUUAUAGAUGUGAAGCCAAGCUCCAGAGAAACAGCACAGCCUGUCACAGAGCCAACCCCCACUGCCAGCCCCAGCACCUGGCCUGCCACUCCUGGUCGCCUCCGACAUCCACUCAAGAAGGGUUUGUGUUGUAAGAUGGAGUUGAAGAAGAGACCUCAGUCAGGGAAUUCCUCCACCUCCAAGAGCACGUCCCCCACCUUGACACCGUCUCCUUCCCCAACGCCAAAGGCUCCUACUGGGCAGGGAGACUCUCUGUCCUCAGCCUCUUCCCAUCCUCGCUCCAAGAGCAGUGGAGGCUCCAGCAGUGGGACCAUCACUGAUGAAGAUGAGCUGUCAAGUAUCUUGAAGAAACUGUCCCUGGAGAAAUACCAACCCAUAUUUGAGGAACAGGAGGUGGACAUGGAGGCGUUCUUGACUCUGACAGAUGGCGACCUGAAGGAGCUGGGCAUUAAAACAGACGGACCCAGACAACAGAUCUUGGCAGCCAUAUCAGAGCUCAAUGCUGGAAAGGGUCGAGAGAGGCAGAUUCUUCAGGAGACCAUCCAUAACUUCCAGUCGUCCUUUGGUAGCAGUGCCAGUAACCCGAGACAACCAGGUGAACCACGCUCUCCAACAGGUUGGAUGAGGCACCAAGUUCGUUCCUCCAGCAAGAGGUAGCCAGCAGCCCUGAUACCCAUCAGGGAGUUCACCAAAGGUACUUAAAAAUAAGAGUGACGUUGCUGCUGACGCAUAACCAAGGGGAAAAUAAAAUGGAGUUUCCUGGACGACGGUGUCUCAGACCACUAGAGGACACUACAACAAAACGACCAAGCAGGCCCUGAUACUCUGCCUUUACAGGACCUCGCAGAAACCAAACUACCUUAAUGUUUUCCUCUUGGAUCUUAAAGCAGGAGCGGUGUGACGCAGGGCUGGCUGAGUCCAGCACCCUGCCUCGGUUGGACAAAGCGCGCCAUGUGUGGCAAAUUGUUUGCCAUAAUGAGUCGGUUGUCUCAUCGAGUGCUAAAGCAGCACACAAGUUAUAUGGAGAGGUUACAGAGCAGUAAGUGUGAGCCUGGAGAGUUUGUUUUUAUCUUAUCUGAGAAAAUGUGAGAGAUCCAGCAUAUGUAUUGUAAAAGUGGUAAAUCAGGUGAAAGAGAGAUUAUGAGUUUGAUAUGUAUUAUUACCUAGUAAUAAUGUGACUGUCGACCAAUUUAAAUGACUGAAAAGCUGCAGAAGGAGUAAAACUAAUGAAGAAAGUUAAAGGGACAUAAGCCAAACUAUAUUUUUAAUCAUCCUGUCUUUUCGACUGCUUUUUUGUUGUUGUCUUAAUUUGUCUUGAAUUCACGGACCACUGCGUAAACAGAGGAUUUUCAGUCAAGACUGUGCUGUUAUGAUGUAAUAAGUAAAUGUUUUUUUUACUGUUUAAGAUCCUGUUGGACUUGAGAUGAGAAGAUAUUGGCAAAAACAUUUUUGGGAGCAUUUUACAAUUACAUUUUUUUUUUGGGAAGAGGUACAUUAAGCAAAAGUUUCCACUGAGCCUGUUCUAUGUUUGUGCAUCUGGCUCCAGCAUUUAAAAGACGUUAGAUCCAUAUUCAGACAGAUGGAGCCGCUAUAUCAGGUACUUACGAUCCAUGUCUUAAAUCCAAAUGAUGGGCUGUGAUGAAGGUCAGGAUGGGUCGGUUAAAUAUCAGAUGACAGCAUAUCCUGUUUAGUCAUGUAGUGUGUCAGGAAAACAUGAAUAAACACACUGUGCUCCUUUUUAAGGGACUCUUGAUGAUGACUUGAAUCACAAAACAGAAAUGAAAUGUGUGUCAAAAGUAAAAAAUGCAAAAUGAAACAAAUUGAACUGAAACAGAAUUUAUUCAAUAGGGUUCAAUAGUUGGUCCAGCUCUGUUUAUAGUAAAAUGAUACAGUAUGUAAAAACAAAAACCAUAAUGUAAAACCAUCUGUAUGCCACAAGAUGGCAGCGACCUUCUCUUGAUGCAAUAAAUGACCACAGUGAAACUGUCGCGCUGUAGUGAACACUUUAAGACCCUGCUCUGCAUAUGUUCAGACUAAGGGCUCUCCUUCAGUGUGGCAGUCACAUUAAAGUGAAGAAAUAUGACUUUG